GAAACACGAUAACUUUCCAGCAUGAGUAGAGCGAGUAUCUGCUUUCGUGCAAUAGAACAGUGUAGAUCUUGCAGGUUUCGCUUCACUCACCGGCUAACUUUACGAGGGAAGGUGCUAUGUUCUAAUUUGAGUACAAACCAGGAGGGACCUUUUCAUGAAGAAAAAGAGUGGAGUUCAACUGAAGAGAAGCAUGGCUACGGUUCUAACGGUGGUUUUGAGAAACGCAACAAGGAGGCUGCUGGUCUAUUUUAUCUUAACACUCUGAAGCUACCUGAAAAGCUACAGCAGAACUUAGACAGCUACCUCAAGAAAUUCCCAAGGAAGGUGUUGGAAAAUGAUGGUAAAAAACUUGCAAGACACAUCAGAAAUAGAGGUCGUCCAACAGAACAGACCUGGCAGAAAUAUAAGGAAUCUAGACGGCAAAGAGAGGAAUUAGCAGCAAACCAAGCUAAUCCUGCUGACAUUUUGAAGCUACAUAAUCAGCAAGAAGAUACAGUUCUUGAUGAUGUAGACGAUACAAGUGAAGAUGAAGAUGAUGAAUAUGAUGGAGAAUUUGUUUCCCAAGAAACAAGAUCUGACCCACUUGAGACUGGUGACAGUGACAGUGACAUUGAUGAUGAUAAAGAAAACAAUAACCACACAAAUAGCGAAACAAUGGACACAAGUGAUAGCAAACCUGCUAUUAUUAAAAAGCAAAAAGUUAUCAAAAGGCCAAGAGGAAGUGAAUACAAACUGAUAAGGUAUAACAAAAGAGAAGCUGCUGCUUAUGCUGCAAGCCGUUUACCUGCAAGCUAUGGUGCAACACUUAGAGUGUUCCAUGAAUUAAGGAGGCGUGAGCCCAACUUUAAACCAGAGAAUCUGCUGGAUUUUGGAUCUGGCUCUGGAACAGCAACAUGGGCAGCCCAUGAGACAUGGGGAGACUCGCUCAGAGAAUAUCAGUGUGUGGAUGUAUCUCAGGAUAUGAAUAGUCUGGCUGAAUAUCUCAUAAGAGGUGGAGAGGGUCUGAAGCAUUCUCUUCAUAUUCCGGGUGUUUAUUUCAAGAGAUUUUUACCUGUAUCCAAUUUGAUAACUUAUGAUGUUGUGGUGGCCUCCUAUGCUCUCAGUGAAAUACCUAGAGCCUCCUUGAGGAAAAUGGCAGUGAAAAGCUUGUGGGGGAAAACAAGUGACUUCUUGGUUAUCAUCGAGCAUGGCAAUACUGAAGGGUUUGAAAUAACAGCUGAAGCUAGGAACCUAGUGUUAAAGAAAGGAGAUGGUGAGCCUGUUGAUGAUGGAUCAGCUGAGGGUAACCAGUAUCAGUACCUUGACCCAACUGCUGAAGAAAUGGACAAUGGCUUUGUUUUUUCUCCAUGUCCACAUGAUGUUAAGUGUGCAAGAUCUGAUGCUGAAACAAGAGACCAUCCCUGUAACUUUGAGCAGAGAGUUCAGUUGGCCUUAUGUCAGAGGAACACAAAAUUGAAGAAGAGGGGAUUUCAUACAGAAAGGUUUUCAUACAUUGUGCUCAAGAAAGGAGCAAGAGAUUUAGAAGAGAAGCCAUGGCCUCGCGUUCUUGAGCCUGUGCGGUACAGAAAGCGACAUGUUAUUUGUAGACUCUGCUGCAGCUCAGGUGACCUAAAACAGAAGACUUUUACCAAAAGGAAGGACAGUGAUAUCUACAAGUGUGCUCGACACUUGACAAAAUGGGGUGACCUGCUGCCUGACCCAGAGGACAGGGUUAGGAUGAACAGAAAGGCUGUGAAGUCUUGAUCCCAAACAGAAUAGAAAAUGGUGUAGAAUAUGCUGAAUCGUGUGAGAAUAAAACAUCAUGCCACGGUGCAUUGAUUGUGAAUGUAAAAACUCACACUGUUAAUAAAGAUUGUAAAAAUC